AUGCAUGCAGUGUGGUUUGAUGCAGCUCUUCAAGCCGAGUUAGAAUGUUUAUCAAUAUUUUGUUCAGUUUGUGAUUGGACUGGACCAUUAAAAAUAUAUCAAGUCGAACGAAGCAAAAUAGCUGAACACUAUAUGACUGAAACACAUCAAUCAAGGUUAUUAAAUAUUCUUCUACAUUUACAAUCCAUACAAAUCAAGAAUGAUCAACAACAACAAAUGAGAUAUUCUCAAUUUCAUGAUAUGAUAUCCAUUUUAUCAACUGAUAUAGCAUUAUUAGAUAUUCGAGUAGAACAAAUUCAAUAUGAAUUUUAUUCUCAACAACAAGCACUUGAACUUCACACUUAUAAAUUACUUUUACUUAAAAAUUUGAUUCGAGAAGUUGUAAAUUAUCUGUAUCAAACAAGAACUAUUCAAGAUUUUUGUAUGAGAGAAGUUCUAUCGUUAGAACACCAUUUCGAUCAAAGACAUAUUAUAUCUUUUGAUGGUAUAUUAAAAUGGAAAAUUAGUAAUAUCCAAGAAAAAAUCAAUGAUGCUAAAUGUGAACGACAACGAUCGAUUUAUUCUCCAGAAUUUUAUACGUCACCUACAGGUUACAAAAUGCGUGCUAGACUAUUUCUAAAUGGAACUAAUGAUGUUCAAGAUACAUAUAUAUCUAUAUUUUUUAUCUUGAUGCGUGGUGAAUAUGAUGCUAUACUCAAAUGGCCAUUUCAUUUUAAAGUGAUCUUUUCACUACUCAAUCAAUUAACUAUUGAAGACGAUCGACAUCAUUUGAAUGAAUUCUUUUGGCCUGAUAAGCAAUCGAUCUGUUUUCAACGUCCACACUUGGAAAUGAAUAAUGCGUACGGUAUUAAAAAGUUUAUUUCACUUGAUAAAUUUCAACAAAAUCGAGAUCAAUACGUGCAGGAUGAUACGAUGUUUAUCAAAGUUGGAAUCGAUUUUUUAAGUAUUCCACCAGAAAAUCGAUCAGAUGCAGGUGAAAUGUUAAUGAUUGAUGAACAACAUGUCGACACAGAGGAAGAUGAUUUGAUGCGAAAAAUUUUACUUUCAAGAGGAUUCAAUGACAAUUAA